AUGAAGUGGCUCCUGCUCCUCAGUCUUGUGGCUCUUUCAGAAUGCAUCUUCAAGAUCCCCCUGAAGAAAAUGAAGUCCUGGAGGGAUAACCUGAGAGAGAGGGGCCUGCUGAAGGAUUUUCUGGAGAAAUCUCCCAUGAACCUGACAGCCAAGUAUUUUCCUCAAAAGAGCAUGAACGCGACCCUCCAGGAGUCGCUGGUGAACUACCUGGAUAUUGAGUACCAUGGCACCAUUGGCAUCGGGACACCCCCUCAGGAGUUCAAAGUCGUCUUUGAUACCGGCUCUGCCAACUUCUGGGUACCCUCCGUCCUGUGCUACAGUCCUGCCUGCCACUACCACCCCCGCUUUGACCCUCAGCAGUCCUCCAGCUUCAAGGCCACCCAACAGACAUUCUCCAUCGCCUAUGGCACCGGCAGCAUGACAGGUGUCCUCGCAUAUGACACCGUGAAGAUAGGGGAUAUUGAAGACACCAACCAGAUCUUUGGGUUGAGCCAGACUGAGUCUAACACCUUCCUGGCUUUCACCACCUUCGAUGGGAUCCUAGGGAUGGCGUACCCAGAAAUUUCUGAGGCUGGAGCCACUCCCGUGUUUGACAACCUGUGGAACCAGCGUUUGAUUUCCAAGAAUGUCUUCGCUUUCUAUCUGAGCUCCAAUGAGAAGAAUGGCAGCGUUUUGAUGUUUGGGGGAAUUGAUUCCUCUUAUUACUCAGGAAGUAUCAGCUGGAUCCCUCUGUCUUCCAAGGGUUACUGGCAGAUCACAAUGACAAGCAUCACCAUGAAUGGAACCGUCGUCGCUUGUGAUGGGGGCUGCCAGGCUAUCGUGGACUCUGGCACCUCACUGAUAAUUGGCCCUUAUAAUGAAAUCGACAGCAUCCAGGCUGCCAUAGGAGCCAUACAGAAUGCCAACGGCGAGAUGGAAGUCAACUGUUCUUCUAUCAGUGAUCUGCCACCAAUCACCUUCAACAUCAAUGGAGAAGAGUUCCCAGUGCCCACUAAGGGCUACAUCAAGCAGAAGAGCAGCAGCUGCACCAGUGGCUUCUCAGUCACAGACUUGAACCUGUGGAUCCUUGGGGAUGUCUUUAUGCGCCAGUACUUCACCAUCUUCGACAGAGAAAAUGACCGGGUUGGCCUGGCCACCCCGGCCAAAUGA